UAGACAAGGGAGGGCGUUGUCUGAUACUGCAACUGCAACCCACUAUCGUGUUUUUCCGGCUGACGAUAUGAUUAUCGGUGAACGCCACCGCCCUGGUCCGGUGGUUCACAUCACUCCUUUGACGAUACCGGAGGAGCCUGCAAGCGAGACGCGGUUUCCUUAUCCUCUGAGCGGAAUCUCGGUGAGUUCUGAUGGAAAUGGCAAUGGUGGCGAUUACUCUUCCUAUUAUCUGAAGGAAGCUCUAGCGGCUCUCCAGCGAUAUACGAACGAGUCGGAGAUUGAAUCGGAUUCGGAAUUAUCCGGGCGGGAAUCGGACGUUCCGGUGGAUGCGUACUCGUGCGAUAAUUUCCGGAUUUUUGAGUUUAAGGUGAGGAAGUGCACGCGAGGACGGUCUCAUGAUUGGACGGAGUGUCCGUUUGCACAUCCAGGUGAGAAGGCUCGCCGGAGAGAUCCGAGGAAGUAUCAUUACUCUGGUACGGCUUGUCCCGACUUUCGUAAAGGUAGCUGUAAAAAAGGGGAUUCGUGUGAGUUUGCUCAUGGUGUAUUCGAGUGUUGGCUCCAUCCUGCUCGUUACAGGACGCAGCCGUGCAAGGACGGGACGAACUGUCGACGGAGGGUCUGUUUCUUCGCCCACACUCCUGAACAACUUAGGGUUUUGCCUCAGCAGAGCCCGAGAAGCGCGUACUCCCCCGAGCCGUUCGAUGAAUCUCCUGUACGGCAGUGUUUGGAUGGAUCCUGUGCCAAAUCGCUGCCGUUUCUGUCUUCUCCGGUGUCUGUAUCACCGUCGGCGACUCCAGUAGACUCCCCACCGUUAUCUCCCAUGACUCGAUCCCUCGGCCGAUCUCUUGGCUCGAGCUCCAUUAAUGAAAUGGUCGCAUCUCUCCGGAACUUGCAUCUGAGCAAGGUCAAGUCACUACCAUCUUCCUGGAAUGUUCAGAUUGGAUCCCCUGGUUAUCCGUCUCGAAUCUGCCAUGGAUUCUGUAGCCUUCCAACAACACCAACUCGGGCUCCAACUGCUCCUGGAGUUGGGCUGCUCGACUUCUCGGACCAUGGAUUGCAGGAGGAACCAGCUAUGGAGCGAGUGGAAUCAGGAAGGGAGCUGAGGGCGAAGAUGCUAGAGAAGCUGAGCAAGGAAAAUUCUCUGGACCUGGUGGAUUCAAGCUCUUCAGCUUGCACACCAGACGUUGGAUGGGUAUCAGAGCUGCUGAAGUGAGUAUGGAAAUCAAACUUUUGGUUGGUACAAUCGGGUUAUUCUCUUAAUCACAAUUCAAUUCUGAUUUGAAGAACAAAUUAGCCUAAGCCAAGCCUUUUGGUUCAUAUGUAAAUACAGAAUGGGAGGCAGCCCAGCUGAAACUGGAGGAGUAUAGGAUUUAAUUUUUACGCAUGUAAGGCUUAAAUAUGUGUAUAUAUUGCUCUGUUUUUUAGGUUUUGAGGUGGGUUGAAAGAAUUUAGAAACUAUAUUUUGAUGGAGAAGAACAGAAAUCCGUCUUGACUUAAUGUAUAGGUAUGGUUACUGGAUGAUCCGUAGGAUCAUGGCCUCUCUGAUCAUUUGUGAUUAUAUUGCAAGUUAAUGUUCUUAAUGCAAUUAUGUGGAUGAAUUUGGGUCGUUUCUAUCC